AUGAAACGAAUCAACUCUACCAAAGGAAUUGAAAUGACAUCAUUUGAUAAGGGUGAUAAUGUGGCGGCUCCAUACGAGGGAACAAUUUUUCAGCAUUCGGCGGAGUUUUUAUUUUGGGAGGCCCGGCCUGACUUGCAAAAUCAAGGAGUUAACAUUCUCGAACUUCUGAAUUUUGCCAAAGAGAGAAAGAAUUUGUUUAAUUUCUCCAGAUGCCACUUUUGGGUUCACGUCAAAUCUCUUACACAUUGCACACACAGAGCGGAGGCGAAAGCUUCAAGGGCGGGCGCACAUAAUGAGUCUAUAUCAUACAUGUUUAUUUACUUUGUGUAA